ACUCCCCACAGCAAGAGCUGACACCAGGUCCGGCCUGGCGGGAGCCGGGAGCGCGGAGCCGGGAACCCGGAGAGGGCUGGAGAUCCAGAGUUCUCUCGCGGCGAGGAAGUAGGCACGCUGGAGCCGGAGCCCGGCCAAAGUGGGAGCAGCGGCACAGGUGACGCUGGGGGUGCUCUGAAGAUCAACUAAAGCAGGAAGGUUUGUAAAGGUGAACACUUGGACAGGCCCUAUGUAGGCUCCCUUAGUCCUAACUGAGUGGAUGGCAGAAGCUAGGAGUUGUCAUGGAAACAAGUGUAACCAGCAUCAACCUCUGGGAGGUAGGAGACCCCAGAGGGCACCUGUGGGUUCCUAAGGCCUGUAAGAUUUCCUGUUUGGCCAGCUCCACCCUUGCCGCCUCUGUGUCUGGGAGAAACUGAGGCCCCGCAGUGGGAGGCUGGACACUGCCUGGCUCUGGCUCUUUGUUCCUUAGUCAUCAGCUGAGCUGGUGAUUGUAGCCCUGACGUGUCCUCUGCCCAAACAGCCCAGGAAUGAGGCCAGCUGGCCCAGGAGAGUAGGGACCUGUACUAGGAGCUAGUAGUUAGGAUCUCUGUCCAAUCCGUGGCUUGGCCUUCAUAGGGGAGGCAGAUUUGGGCUUAAGACUGGGUCUUCCCUGCCAGGGAACCUGCAUAACCUCCUAGGUCUCCCAUUCCUUCAUCGACUCUGAUUGAAUUAUUCCUUAGCCUUGUCCAGACUAGAGUUAGGAAGUAUUACUGUGUUGGGAGUGCUCUGUCUGGAGGAGGGGGUCAGGAGAAGGCCUGUAAGGGGAGAGUACUCGGGUGCAGGGACUCUGACACCAAUGCCCUGCUCGCAGGUUGCCCUGGAGGCCCCUGGCCAGGCCUGAGCCUCUGCCACCAUGGCCAUUGUGCACACUCUGCCAUUGCCACUGGAGCCCGCACGUGAGACAGCCACUGCCCCACAAGCUCCAGCAAUGGGUAGCGUGAGCAGUCUUAUCUCAGGCCGGCCCUGUCCCGGGGGAUCUGCUCCUCCACGCCACCAUGGUGUCCCUGGGCCCACCUUCUUCCGCCAGCAGGAUGGGCUGCUACGGGGUGGUUACGAGGCUCAGGAACCACUCUGCCCAGCUGCGCCACCCAGGAAGGCUGUCCAAGGCACCAGCUUUACCUAUAUCAAUGAGGACUUCCGGACAGAGUCACCUCCCAGCCCAAGCAGUGAUGUUGAAGAUCCCCGAGAGCAGCGGGCAAACAAUGCCCAUCUCCGUGGGCCCCCACCAAAGCUCAUCCCAGUCUCUGGAAAGCUGGAAAAGAACAUGGAGAAAAUCCUGAUCCGGCCAACAGCCUUCAAGCCAGUGCUACCCAAACCUCGGGGGGCACCAUCCCUACCUGGCUUCCUGGGUCCUCGAGCUGCUGGGCUGUCUGGGAGUCAGGGCAGCCUGACACAGCUGUUUGGGGGGCCAGCCUCCUCCUCCUCUUCCUCUUCCUCCUCUGCUGCUGACAAGCCCUUGGCACUGAGUGGCUGGGCUAGUGGCUGCCCAUCCGGGACACCGUCAGACUCUGGUCGCAAUUCUUUAUCCAGCUUGCCCACUUACAGCACCGGAGGUGCUGAGCCGACCACCAACUCCCCAGGUGGGCACCUGCCCUCCCACGGCCCCAGCCGAGGGUCACUGCCUGGUCCAGCCCGAGGGGUCCCUACUGGGCCCUCCCACUCGGACAGUGGACGAUCCUCCUCCAGCAAAAGUACGGGUUCUUUGGGGGGCCGUGUAGCUGGGGGUGUCUUGAGCAGUGGGGCCCGGGCCUCCCCUGGCAGCAGUUCCGGUGGAGACCGCUCUCCGCCCCCUCCGCCCCCUCCGCCCCCUUCGGAUGAGGCCUUGCUACACUGUGUCCUGGAAGGGAAGCUUCGAGACCGAGAGGCAGAGCUGCCGCAGCUGCGGGACGGUAUGGAGGAGAGUGAGGCUACCAUGUGUCAGGCGUUUGGAGCGCGGCAGAGGCACUGGCCACGGGAGCGGGAGGACUGUGCAGCCCAGGCGCAGCAGGCCACACAGCGUGUCCAGCGGGCCCAACAGCUGCUGCAGCUGCAGGUGUUCCAGCUGCAGCAAGAGAAGCGCCAGUUGCAGGAUGACUUCGCACAGCUGCUGCAGGAGCGAGAGCAACUGGAGCGCCGCUGCGCUACCUUUGAGCGGGAGCAGCGGGAACUCGGGCCGCGGCUGGAGGAGACCAAAUGGGAGGUGUGCCAGAAAUCCGGUGAGAUCUCCCUACUGAAGCAGCAACUGAAAGAAUCUCAGGCGGAGCUGGUACAGAAGGGCAGCGAGCUGGUGGCGCUGCGCGUGGCCCUUCGAGAGGCUCGGGCUGCCUUGCGGGUCAGUGAGGGUCGUGCCCGGGGCCUUCAGGAGGCAGCCCGAGCUCGGGAACUCGAGCUGGAGGCCUGCUCCCAGGAGCUACAGCGGUAUCGCCAGGAGGCUGAGCGGCUCCGGGAGAAGGCUGGGCACUUGGAUGCUGAGGCAGCGGGACUCCGGGAACCCCCUGUACCCCCCGUGCCCUCGGCCACCACUGACCCUUUCCUCCUGGCAGAGAGUGAUGAGGUUAAGGUGCAGCGGGCAGCAGCUGGGGCAGGGGGGAGCCUGCGGGCUCAGGUGGAACGGCUGCGCCAAGAGCUACAGCGGGAACAGCGGCGAGGAGACGAGCAGCGCGACAGCUUUGAGGGGGAGCGGCUGGCCUGGCAGGCGGAGAAGGAGCAGGUGAUCCGCUACCAGAAGCAGCUGCAGCACAACUACAUCCAGAUGUACCGGCGCAACCGGCAGCUGGAGCAGGAACUGCAGCAGCUCAGCCUGGAACUGGAGGCCCGUGAGCUUGCUGACUUGGGCCUGGCUGAGCCAGCCCCCUGCAUCUGUCUGGAGGAGAUCACUGCCACUGAAAUCUAGAGCUUUGCAAGGGGCGAGCCACAGGACCACCUGGGUCCCCGGAUCCACUGAGCACUCCAGGUCCCAGAGCCAAAGGGCCUCUGCCAAGCGUUCGGGUGGCCUUGUGACUUGAGUUCCGUUUCGCUGUCACCCAGAGGCUCCUACCCACGCCACCAUUUCACUCCCCGGCUGUCAGCGCCACUGCCAGCCUUGUUUGCCCACAGAUGUUUGCCAGCCCACCCCAGCUGGGAAGAGAAAGGGGCUACCCUAUCUCCACAUUCUACCUGCCUGAAGCCAGAGAGAGCCAGAUGGCACCAGCUGCUCCAGAUGUGCCUGCCCCCAACAUGCCCACAAGGAGGGGCGGGGCUAGGAUUGGGGUCUGAUCCCCAUGUCCAGCUCUGCAAGCCCCUUCUGGGCUGAGGGGGCUGAAGUCAGACCAAAGGAAGAACCCAGCAAUGUCUUGUUUAUUUGUUUGUGACCAAGCAGCCCCUCCUGUUACCAGGUUUAUGGCCUCGUUUUCACUUGUAUAUUUUUCACAUGUAAAUUUCUUGUACAAACCCAAAGAAAGCAUUUAAAAAAUUGUUUUUAAAAAAAGUAUGCUGGAUAAAGAACCACAGGGAACUUGUUUGACAUCUGUCCGGGACAUCUGUCCCCUCUGCUUGCUGGCUCCUCCUCGACCUCAUGAAGUUCUUGCAGGGAGGAAGGGUGAUAGGGCUAA